GACGAACUACAGACAACACAGAAAGCUAGGGCUCGUAUUUAAAAGCUGAGGAGAGGAGCUGAAGAAUCAGUACAAUCAGACAGCAUGUGGCUGGUGCAUAUUGUGUUUUCAUCCCUUAUAGCAUGGGUCUCAGGGAACUUGAUCAUAGACGUCUCCCAUUAUAACGGCAACAUCGACUGGGCCAAGGUGAAGGCUGCUGGGGUGGUCGGUGCCAUCGCUAAGGUGUCCGAGGGCAAUCUAUGGGGAUGGCGAGAUCGUCAGUUUGUGAGGAACUGGCAGCAAAUGAAGGCCAACAAUGUGGAGCAGUUGGGGGCUUAUCACUACUUUAGAGGCGACCGAACAGCCGACUCGCAAGAGUCACUGAUCAACAAGUGUCUGGCUAGAGUAGACUUUGAUCCCAACAAGCAUAUCUUGGCUAUUGACGUAGAAGGGACAGGAAAUGAAAAAGUAUCGGCGGCCGCAAUGGCUGACACGUUGAAAAGUCUUCUUGACAAGUUGAAAACCAAAUAUAAGAAUAUCUACAUCUACUCUGCGCCUAACAUGGAAAACAAAGUUUUGUGGAAUAAAUACAGCAAUGAUUUCAGCUCUUACAACCUUUGGAUUGCCCACUACACUAGCGCCGCUGAACCGACUAUUCUCAGCAUAUGGAAGAAGAAAGGAUACAAGCUGUGGCAAUACUCGCAAACAGGCAAGUUGAAGGGACUGAGUAGCUUGAACUUCGAUUUGAACAGGUGGAAAAACUAACUUUUGAGUCAUUCUUUAUUUUUUUAUUGACAGAUAAAUAAACGUUUACUCUGUGUU